AUCUCUCCUUUCUGGGGUUCCAGAAAUCACAACUGUGCUUCCAACUCAGGAAGAGGUGGGAGUCCAUUUCACAAAGGAAGAAUGGGCUCUUCUGGAUUCCAGCCAAAGAGCUCUGCAUGGAGAGGUCAUGAUGGAGACAUCAAGGAACUUGGCCUGUCUCAGAGCUGAACAAGGGAUGAAGAGCUAUAAGGAGCCACGUCGUGCACCGGAGCCAACCAGCAAAAUUGAAAUGGCUGAAGAGACAUUUUGCAGUCAAUCGAAACCAACAAGAGGUGAUGGAAACCAACUAAAAUCCGGAGAAGAGAAACCGUCUUCUCCUCAUGCUGAAAUGCAGAACUUCCAAAUCCAGUCAGGUUCUAAAGGAGAAAGAACCGAAAAGUGUCGGUUUUGUGGGAAAAGUAUAACGGAUAAAACGGAUUUGUGUAAACAUUGUGGCACCCAGAAUAAAAUGGAACCAUGUGGAGGUACAGGAUCCAGAAGAUAUGACAAUCGGCCCAACCCUGGGACUGUCACUUACUACAUAGGAGAGAAACCGUAUCAUUGCACGGAGUGCGGAAGGAGCUUCCGUCAGAACUAUCAUCUCAGUUACCACAAACGAACCCACACAGGGGAGAAACCCUAUAUAUGCAGCGAAUGUGGGAAAGGAUUCGCACUCAGCGGUGCCCUGACUACCCAUAAAAGGACCCACACAGGAGAGAAACCUUAUAAAUGCCUGGAGUGUGGAAAGAGCUUCUGCAGGAACAGUUCCCUGGUUUCCCAUAAAAAGAUCCACAUGGAGGAGAAACCGUGUUAAUGUAAGAAGCAUGUGAAGAACUUCCUCGUUCUACUAGACUUUAUUUCUUGGAAAAGGAUCCAUGUGUGAUGACCUGGGGCACAGCACACAGGCAACACAGGCAGCUGACAGUUCAACUUCCCCCCUUUUAUUGCUCCAAUUUUCCCUCAAAGGCUCCCACGUUUCUGGCAGGUCCCAGAGCAAAGUGAUAACACCCACAAACACACACACUUCCAGCAGCCUCUGGCUGCAAAUAUUCCAGCACAACGCUGUGAGUGAAACAGCUGCAAAGCAAGAAAUCCAGCAGGGCAAGGGAGUAAGUCAAGGAAUCCGGGGGCCAAAGAACAAGUCAGUUAAUCCAGGAAAUGUCCAACUUCGGCAACAGCACACAAUACUCACUCAAUACUCACUCAAUUCAAUGUUUGUUCCCGACAAACUUCCCUCCCCACAGCAUCUCCUUAAGGCUCAGUCCCCUGGUGUGCCUUG